AUAUUAACCUGCUCUACCUCUCUAAGAUGAUAAGAAUACUUAUCGAUUAACUGUAUCUUUUUUAAUAAUUUAUUAGUUAAUUAUAUUCAAUUUUUUUUGUUAAAUAGUACAAUACAAAUUUAUAAAAUGGAUUAAAACUUAAUGUUUACUGAAAAUUUUCAGUUGUCAGUGAUUAUUUAAAGUUAGUUUAUUUGUAAGUAGAUUUAUUUAGAAUUUAAUUUAAAACAUGUGGAAUGGAAUAACUAUAGGUUACAGCUCAGCUGACGAAACCAUAAAUUUUGGUACUCGAGCUGUAGCUAUUGGGGAUAGUCGAAUAUUUGAAACAACUACUUUAGCAACUAUUAGGAAAACAUGUGACACUACAUAUUCAUCAAAAGAACAUCUGAAAAUUCAUGCAACAUGUACUGGCAAUUUGAUGUAUAUAACUGCUGGCCAGUCUUUCAAUGCAUUUAAUGCUAGUGUAACAGAAAUUAACCAGACUUUUGUAUUUCCUAGUGAAAUUAUAGAUUCCAAAAUCUCAAAUGAUGGGAGUUAUUUGGUAGUUUUACUAAAUGAUUGGACAAUUUAUUGUUGCUCAUUUAUUAAAUCUAAAAUUUUAUUUGUGAAAAAAGUUUCAAAUAAUCCGCGUUGUUUACCAUCUGAAGAAGAAGCACUUAUUGGUCUUUUUUUCAACUAUAAUGACAAUAAAUUUCAUAUAAAAGUUUUCACAUCAUCAGGAUUUAUUAAUCAAUUUAUAUGUGAAAAUGUACAAGAUUUAAUUGAACAGUCUAAUGAAGGAAUUGAUUUAAAGAAUAUUGGAAAUCUCAUAUUGUUAAAUACUCAUGAUAUUCAUGAAAAUGUUAAAACCAUAUGUAAGAAAGAUGAGAAUAUUUUGUUGGCUGCAGAAUGUAUAUGUGUUUAUGAUGGUGAAAAUAUGCGUUCUAAAGAAUUUUUAUUUCCUGAUGGUUGUAAAAUAAAAAAAUUUGUUUUUACUCAGAAUAAAAGUUUUAUAAUUUGUCUAACUGAAUAUCAAACAGUUAUGUUAAUUUGUGCAUUUACAUUUAUACCAAUAAAAGAAUGGAAUGAAAUUCCUGUUGCUGAUUUUACCAUCUUACAAGAGAUGGAUAAUACAAGUAUUAUAAUAUUAACACAUGAAAAUCAACCAUUUUUAAUUUUAGUGUCUAUUCCAGAUUUUAAAACAACAUUUAAACUACCAACUUCACCUUUCACAUACCUAGUUGAUUAUCCUGGAACAUCUGAUGGUGUACUUUAUUUAGAAGCAUUUAUUGAUGAUGAAAUCAACAAUUUACAUGUAAAAAUAAUAUCUGAAGGGCAACCUGAUCUAAGAUUAGCACGAAUGUUAAGAAGAGGAAAAUAUGAAGAAGCUCGAAAUUUUGCGGCUACAUUCAAUCUUGAUCCAGAAAUGGUCUAUAAAGAACAAGUCAAAGGACUUAUGGGAAAAUUGGAUGUUUGGCAAUCAGGAUCAAAUGGAAUGCAUGAAUGUUUUAAUGAAAUGAUUGACUAUUUAAAUAAAAUCAAAGAUCACACUUUUGUUGGACAGUGUGGUUUGAAUACUAUAGUACCAAAUUUUACUUUAUGUAGAAAAUUAUUAAGAUAUGCUCUUUCUCGUGUUAAAUCUUCUAUUCAAGAAAAUUUUAAUAAAUCAUCAGAAGUGUUAUUAGAUCAGUUACAAUCAAACCUUCAUAAAUUAGAUACUUUUUGUUUACUGCAUCCAAUGUCUGAUGGUUCAACUAUUUGGUCUAUUGAAGACACAGAAUUAUGGCUCAGAUUUUCUAAAGAUAACAUAAAUAAUAUUUGCUUAAACCUUAUACAGAAAAAUCAAUUAAGCGAUGCAUUAACUGUUUGGAGUCGCCAUAUUGUAGAAAUUAAGAAAUAUUUUUCUGAAGAGUCAAUUGAAGACUAUUUUUCAAUUUUGCCUCUAUCUGUAGAUUUACAAGAAUUAAAAUUAUGGAUUUUAAAUUUUACUUCAACUACACUCACUUUGUUUUAUGAUGAAACCAUCGCAGCUUUGGUUUCUUAUAUUGAAAGUAAAGUUAGAUGGAAUGAAUUGUAUUUACACUUAAAUUGGAUUGAUCCCAGCUUAGAUAUUUGUCGAAACUUUUUAAAUAUAAUUAAUGAAAUUGUUGCAUCACCUCUUUGUUUAAAUAUCUCACGGCCCCCUAAGCCACAAAAAAAAUUAAUCUUAUUAAUUAAAUAUUUAGUAGAAUUAAAAGAGUUGAAAGAUAAUUAUGGUGCUAAAAUCAGCCUAGAUGAUUAUGAACUAGCUCACGAAGACAACAACUAUGCUGAACUAUCUUUUAUGAUAUUGGAUCAAAUUCAGUUGAACAAAUAUGAUGAUUUUAUUUUAAAGUUUUGGUCAGAUUUUACAUUACAGAGAUUUUUAAACUCUGAUGAAAUAUUAUCUGCUUAUAUCAAAAAUAUUGUGAGUCAAGUAGAUUGUUGGUGGUCAUGGGAAGAAAAAGCUAUUUUGCUUUUAGUAUAUAUAUCAAACAAAGAUAUAAAAUCGGAUUGUGUAUUGAGUAUUUUAAAAGCAGCUACAAUCCCUUGGUCUGAUUUAAUGAUAAAGCUCUGUGAUGAAACUUUACAAACUGAUAUUGCAUCUGCAACUAUCAAGGAUAUUGAAGAAGUAAAAAGUUUACUAGCUAGUAAAUUGAUUUUAAAAAAUUACAACAUGGUGUUUUCCAAUAUUACUCCAUAUGUAAUUAUUGUUGCUGUUCAAAAUAUUUGUAUUCAAAAUCGUUCUACUACUCUAGAAGAUAUUGUAAAACUUAUAAGUACACAGUCUGAAUCUAUUCAAUUAGAAGCAUAUGAAAUUUAUAUCAAAUAUUUAAUUGAUAUUGGCUCUACUGAUAAAGCGAUUGAGUCAAUUAUUAAUCCCCAAAUAAUACCUAGUUCAAUGAUUCAGAAGAUAUGUACUUCAAUUUGGAUCACAUAUGAUAGUUUAAGAAAUAUACCUCUUUUUGAAAAAGAAGUUGCUCAUUAUUUUGUUAUUUUAAAAUUUUUAGCAAAAAGUCCCAUAGUAGAUAUAAGAUUAGAGUGUCGACAAAAUGCAAAUAUUUUAAUCAAUAUUCACUAUUUAAAAGAGGAAUAUAAUAUUCAGUGUUCAUUAUCAGAGUAUGACCAUAUAGAGAAUUUAUUGAUUAAAUGUGUUACAUCAUCUCUUAAUGAUAUAUGUUCAAGUGAUAUCUCUAUUAUUCAAGCUAAGUUGUUUAGAUUAUCAUAUUUAUUAUUUGAAUCUUUUGAAAGAGUCGUUGUGCAAUUUGUAAAAGAAGCUGCUUUGCGAAACAAUACUGAGCAUGUGUGUUUAUUUGGUCAAUUUAUAGUUACAUUUGAAGAUAUUAAUAUAGAAAUUGCAGAAAAAUUAUUAGAUUUAGGAGAGUUAUUAAUGUCAAAGUAUAAUCCAGUUUCCCAAGCAACUUUCAAAAUACCAUUAUGGACUUUAAUUAGAAGAAUUACUCAAUUAGUUACUGUCUAUAGCCAAUCAAAUAUUUUAACUAGAGCUGUAGAAUUAAGACAAUGGGUUGAACCAUUUUAUUUGACUUGUGGAGAUAUUUUAACUGGUGAUAAUUUGGAUCUUGGAUUAGCUUAUUCAUGGAGAAAUGCAAUAAUAGAUAAAAAUUCUAUACAUUCAGAGCUUUUUGAACAAUAUGAACUUUAUAGCUCAUUUUUACAUGUAUUUAAUCCAGAGUCUUCAAUGCUUUGCUAUAAAACACCAGAUAUAUCAAAUUCAUUUAACAAUGCGCCAUCACCUGAUGUAAUUAUGUCAUCAUUAGAAUACUUCCAAGGACAAAAUCUUAUAGGACUUCAUAUCACUGUCACACAAAUAAUGUGUCUGUAUAGAACUAUUCUUUUAAAACAACAUCCAUUGGAUUCAGAAUUAACAAACAAAGGAAAUAAUCUUAUUAGAAGUAAUGUAAGACAAAUUUUAAAAAGUGUCACAUAUGCAAGAAAUUUAGAUAUGGAUCUAGGAUUAGGUCUUUUGAAUACUUUAAAACCACAUGAUGCUAUUAGCUGGCUAGAAGAUGCUCUUAACAAUGUUGGGAUGAACUAUCAAAAAUUAACAAAUGUAACUGAUUUGGGUCUAGUUUAUGUUCGAUUGAAUUAUAAUGCUGCUUGUGACCUUUAUGAUUCAUUAAAAUCAACAAAAAAUAAGUGUAUUUGGGGUAAAAAAAUAAUGAAGUAUGGUUUUGCUUUUAAAGAUGCAUUUUAUAAAUCUGAACUGGAUCAACGAAAUUUACUCUUAAAAAUGAUAAGAACUCCAAAUAUGACUUUGAACGUUUUAGUUGAUUACUGUAGUGAUACAAACUUUGAUUUGCAACAGUCUGCCAAAUUAUUUUUAGAAAACUCUUUACUUCAAUGGUUACCAUAUAUACCACUACAAAAGGAAGAAAAAACUUUUGAUUCCAUUACCAAAAUCAUCAAUGACAAAGACUUAUUGCUGAAAAAAUGUGAGGAUAUUGUUAGUGUUAUUAUUGACAAAACAGAAAUUGUUGAUUUUCUUUGGAAUCACGUUUGGGAUCAAGUAAAUAUUUACCAUUAUGAGGUAUUUUUAGUGAUAAUGGAACUAAUUGAAAAAUAUGAUUCUAAUUCUGGAUCAAAAUAUAAAAUACAAAAAGAAAUCUUAUUAUUUCUUAUACAAUAUAAAAGAGUGAGUGUACCUGCAGAACAUGAACAAGAAAUAUGGUCUUCAAUGUUUCAGGAAACACAAACGUUACCUUCAAUUUCGAAGUAUCGUUUACCUUAUGUUCCUCUUGCUAAUAAAAAUAAGAAAUUUGGACAAAAUCGUGAAGUACACCCUUGGAAAAUUAUUAAACCUGAAUUAACAUUUGUAACAUAUGAAAAAUGGUUUUCUAUCAUCGAAGCUAUAGGAAUGGAAAAAGACACAUUAUGCAUAUUUACAGUGCAGCAUAUGGUUAAUGAAGUAGUUUCAAAAGAAAAAAAUAUUGAAUGGUAUUUACAUAUGCGUUCAGAGUCAUUGUUAAUAAAUAUACAAAAAGUUUUAAGUCAUGUCAAAAAUUUGGAAGUAGUUGCUGCCUCUUUAUAUUUUGUUGUUAACAGUUUACCUUUAGGAGCUGAUCAAUUAGAAGCAGCUAAGAUAUGUCAUGCGCAAGCACAUGAAUGGUUAAAAACAGAAAAUUCAGAAAAUGCCAAAUCAGGUAUAAUGAAAGUUGUUACAAAAUAUUUAUCAAUUACAACGAAACACAUACUAUAUACUUAUGGAUUUGGUAAAUCUAAUUAUCUUCAACUUGCUUUGCAACCUGAUGAAUUAAUAAGAGAAUUAUACAAUGAUCCUAUUAUUUUGAAAAGACAUACAGGUGAAAUUAAAUCAUUCCCUGACAUCAAUAGUGCAGUAGAUGCAAUUGUUGAAGUUCAUGGAAAAGGUGGAUUAGCAACUAAAGUAGAUUUAUUGAAAGAAUGGUUACAACAUUCCUCUAUAGGAUCCCCUAACAAAAAUAUGUCAAUGGCAAUAGGAAACUCGUUUUAUGUUCCUCAAGAUCAUUCAACUAUUAGUGAUGGAGUAUUAAGGGCUUGCUAUAUGCUAGAAAAUGAUACUGCAGCAUAUAAUUUACAUAACUUCCUGAUUUGUCAAGCUUACAAUGAAGAUGAAAGUGAUUCAAUGUGUCCAUCAGUUGUACGCUUAAGAGCCCUACAGUGUCUGUGUUUAGCAACUACUCCUAAUAUUGAAGAAAUUACGUGCCGCACUAGAGAAAUGAUGAAGAACAAUCUAGUGGAAUUAUCAGUUAUUACUGAAUUAGAAACUCUAGGUAUUAAUUUUUCUCCUGUACGAUAUAGAAGCUGUGAUAAAUCAAAAUUAGUGCAAUCACUACUUGCUCGAAAAUCUAUUAGUGCAACUAAAUUAGCAUCACAUUUGUGCGUUAUGUAUUCAAAAGAAAUGAAUGCUACUAUUUGGGAUACAUUACUUACUAGAUUAACUAAUCUUUCAAUUAUUAGCGAGUUAGAAAUGGUUCUUACACAUUUGAUGGAUAAAUGGCACCAAUUAACAUUUGAAGUUGUAGAAAAAGCAUGGAAUUCUUUAAUAAAAAAUUCAUUCAACAGUGCUAAAGAUUCUUAUGAAAUUACAUGUUGCGUUAAAAUGGUUUUCAGUUGUCCAUGCAUUAAUAAUAUUGAAUUAGAUCAAAUUAUAGAUCAAUGUGAAAGGCUGCAACUAACAGAAUUUGCUCAAAAGUUGAAAUGUCUCUGUUAAUGCCCUAAUUUUACUUAUGAUUUUUUAAAUUUAUAUUUGUCUAUUAUAGUAUUGUUCAAUUAUA